ACCAACUUGAGCUACUGGAAAAUCAAGUAUGCGGCUUCCAUGGCAUGGUUUGAGGAACCAAAACACUUCAUGAGGAUACAUGCCUCAGCUGAGUGCUGGCGAUGUGUGGAAUAAAGGGAAUCCGUUCAGAGGAGGACAGGAUGGAAGGGUGGAAGAGGAGAAGGAGAUACUUGUUGGAAUGAUGAGCAGAGGGAAAGGGAUGGAGGAGAGCAAUGAAAGAGAGCAGAGAUGGAUAAGACUGCAUUGGAGAAACUGGCCGAAAUGGAGUCAAUGUCUUGUUCCAAUAGCUGCCGUGGGGCUGGUUAUUCUAGAAGAGUCUCCUCUGCACCCAUCCGUCAGUCUGACUCAAGCCGGAGGUCGACUGCUCCUCUCUGGGCUGCUAUGUGCUGUCAUGGGUCUUUGUGCUUUAGCCUUCAAGUUUUCUCACCGUAAUGGACAGAAACAGGUGCUCUUUCAAAAUGGUUCCGUAAUAGAAAAAGACAAAGAAAUUGCUGGAAGUCUGCAGACAUGCAUUACAGCAGAGCAGGAUGCAGGUCAUCUCGCAGACAGUGUUAAUGUUCUGGCUGAUGGUUUAGUGGUUUCCCUCCUUUACGAGCCCCUGCCAGACCACAGUGUGCCCCACAUGCAAGGUCUUCUCACCAGACUGCAGGCAGUGUCACAGGUUUUCCACAAGGGGGCCAUGGUAGAAGUGAAGGAUGGAAAGGAGAAAUGUGCACUUCAAAGCAGAGUCAACCAUAUAAACUCUUACCUGCAGGAGAGGGUAAGUUGUGUGCGCUCUCUGCUGCAGGUUCAGCAUGAGUGUGACAUGAGUGUGUGUGUUGUUCAGACUGGUCUGCAGAAGCGCUGGUCUUUACUGGAGAAGUUACACACCAGAGUGACUUUGAGUCCUGACAACACACAGCAAAGAGACGACACUCACACUGCUCUCACAGACACUGAGAAUCUAUUCACAGAACUCGGUCAGUUCAAAAGUAAAGUUCAACAGUGUCGGAUGCAGCUGGAGACCAGCAUACAGCUUUUACAGGCACUUCGCAGCAGUCAGCAGUGUCUGGCAAAAACUGUGGGUACUACAAUCGACUCUGCAUGGACCAAACAGUUAUUACAGUUGAACACUGAUUUGUUUUCAGAGAUCCAGGAGGAUUUCUCAUCUUUGGAACAGCAGACGUCAAAUUUUGUGAUCCAUCUGAGAGGUUUGGAUGCUUCUGAUAAGAAAAAGACAAGUCUGUGUUCAAAUCAGUCCGAGACCUCUCCCCAAUUAUCUCCCUCAGCUGUCCCAGUCUACACUGCUGUUCCACAACAUGUACAAUCACAUUCUGACCCAGAAACUGACCCAGAACCCUCAGAACUCACACAGAAAUCCCACUCCAAACUUUCCCCCUUCCACCUCCUGUGCGGGAUGAGAAGGAGGACAUCAUGAUUUGGACAAAAGUUGGACAUUAUUAUAGGUGCAGAAACCUGUGAUUCAAAGGCGAAAUUUUUUGAGGGAAAAUGUGGAUCUAAGAAUGUGCCAUAUGUGUGUGUGUUUGAGAUGAAGUGAAUGAUAGUUUAGAUACACUUGAUCGGUGUUUACCUGCCCAUUUUUUUUGUUCUAUUAUACCUCCACAGUCCUGUCAAUUUGGCUUAAGUACGUCUUUAUUGACACCAAACCUGAUAUUACACUUGAUUUUCUUAAAAAGAAUCUGAAUGUGCACAACGACAACUAAAAAUCAUGAGAUUAACUAUUUGAACAUUGUGACAGCCGUAUUAUUUUCAAGUUGCAAUUUCUAACAAAGCAAAGACUGUAACAAACCAAAAAGCACAAUGUUUAACCAAUCAAACGCUAAAUCUUUUUAAGUACCCCCCGGAACCUGCAUAAGUACUUCCUGUGGACACUUAUGCCUGGUUGGGUAUCACUGAGCUAGAGUACGUAUGGAAUGACAGUAAGAUUGAUAUAAAUAUAAUAUAGAUAAUAUAUUAAUAUGCCAUUACGGCACGUAUUUUUGUGACAGCCUGUUGAGCAGGUGCAAUGACACACUUUAUGCACUUUGGAAUUUUCAUAUAUCGCAUAUACUCUAUUGUAAAAUACAGUAUAGUUGAUAAUUUUAUCUGACCUACUGUGCCCCAAAAAGUAUUUGGACAUUAGAGCCACACUUAAAAUGUAUGACUGUCAUUGUACUAGAUAUCAAAAUACCAAACCAACUGCAAACAAUAACGCAAUACCAAUUCCCAAAACUAGUUUUGCUUUUCUGAGCCAUUUUUGCAAAGAAUUUGAUGUAUAUAUUUUACUUGUGAUAAAUGUGAAGACCAGAAUGAAAAUAAAGCCACAGAAUGAAAUACAUGUCCAUUUUGGUCUAUGCUGGUUACACAAUGUGGCCAUAAGAGGGCACAAUCCAAUCAGAAAGAACAGCUGUCUCCAACACUAUAACUGCAUCCCAGUUCACAUAGGUUUCCUAAAAUGCACUAAUAGUACAGUACUAUGACCUGGUGAUGAGAAAGUCCACACUUCUGAAUAAGUAGAUAGUAUGUCUCUGCUAGCAGGGCAUAGAUUCUGAAAAUGUUUUUCAAAGAAAAGUAACUUUUCUUGUGAGAGGCAAGACACUCCUUUGUCCUCACUGCCCUUUGUGGAUUUAGAAGAAUUUUUCAUUUGAUUUAGGUCUAUAUUAUGUACACUUACAGGACCUGAGGGCCUGUAUAUUUAAAAAAGACAAGCUACAGGUUUGAGAUGUGAUUUAGCUGCAAUGGGAAAUACCUGUCUCUUCUAUUGGUCAUGAAUCUGUUUAUCCAUUUCACCAUCUGAUAUUGUGA